AUGGAGGCCGAAGCCGCAGAUGCCCCUCCGGGUCGGGUGGAGGCGGCGCUCAGCUGCUUCUCUUUCAAUCAAGACUGCACAUCCCUAGCAAUUGGAACUAAGGCCGGUUACAAGCUGUUUUCUUUGAGUUUCAUGGAGCAACUUGACCAAGUCCAUGGAAGCAAUGAAAUUCCCGAUGUGUACAUUGUGGAACGCCUCUUCUCCAGCAGCCUGGUGGUGGUGGUCAGUCACACGAAGUCUCGGCAGAUGAAUGUGUACCACUUCAAGAAAGGCACUGAGAUCUGUAAUUACAGCUACUCCAGCAACAUUUUGUCCAUAUGGUUGAACCGGCAGAGGCUGCUGGUCUGCCUGGAAGAAUCCAUCUAUAUCCACAACAUUAAAGAUAUGAAGCUGUUGAACACCCUCCUGGACAUCCCCUCAAACCCAACAGGUCUCUGUGCCCUCUCUAUCAACCAUUCCAACUCCUACCUGGCCUAUCCUGGAAGCCAGACUACAGGCGAGAUUGUUCUCUAUGAUGGAAAUUCCCUGAAAACAGUGUGCACCAUCGCUGCCCACGAGGGAACGCUGGCCGCCAUCACCUUCAACUCCUCAGGCUCCAAGCUAGCAAGUGCAUCUGAGAAAGGCACCGUCAUUCGCGUGUUCUCUGUACCUGAUGGGCAAAAACUGUAUGAGUUUCGUCGAGGAAUGAAAAGGUACGUGACAAUCAGCUCUCUGGUGUUCAGUAUGGACUCGCAGUUCCUGUGUGCCUCCAGCAACACAGAGACCAUGCACAUCUUCAAGCUGGAACCUGACAGCCGCCCAGAAGAGCCUUCCACCUGGAGCGGCUACAUGGGAAAGAUGUUCAUGGCAGCUACAAACUACCUCCCCGCCCAGGUGUCAGACAUGAUGAACCAGGACAGGGCUUUUGCCACGGGAUGCCUGAACUUCUCUGGGCAGAAGAACAUCUGUACCCUGUCCACGAUCCAGAAACUGCCGCGGCUGCUAGUGGCCUCCUCCGAUGGACACCUUUACAUCUACAAUGGGGAUCCUCAGGAUGGAGGGGAAUGCAUCUUAAUCAAAACCCACAGUUUGCUCAGCUCAGGAAUAGCAGACGAAAACAAAGAAAACGACCUCAAAACUUCUUUACCUCCAUCUUACGCAGCAACUGUAGCAAGGCCCAGCACAUCUGCAGGCUCCACUGUGCCAGGUUACUCUGAGGAUGGUGGGGCGCUGCGCGGAGAAGUUAUUCCGGAACACGAGUUUGCCACGGGACCAGUGUGUCUUGACGACGAGAAUGAGUUUCCCCCUGUGAGCAUUCGGAAUCCUUAA